AUAUCAAGCAGGGGACGUCGCUCGCUCGCGAAUAUCUUUUGCAAAACGACUAGCUAGUAUGGGAUUGUUAGAAAGAGUGUAGCAUCAAAUACGGACGAAAAUUAUAACGAUUUUACUCCUUAUAUGAUAGUUAUGAAGACCGUAUAAUUAUAGAUACGGUUAUAAUUUAUUGUAAGGUCACUGCUGAACACCGAACACUGCUUUGCCCAGCAAGUGCUCAUAGUAAGGCAGGGGAUUGGAGACCUCAUCAUUUCCGAGUUUUCGCAGCGGCACAGUGUGUUGGGUGGGACCCUGAGCUGUAAACUCAUCAGAUUUUGGCCUGCAGGCGACCAGGGGGUUGUGGGAGAAGACGGGAGAGAAUCGCCCGUCGCAACACCAGUCUCACUGGACUGGAGGGAAUGCCUGAGAGAUGUGAAUCUAUGAGUUACUGCAGCACUACUGCCUCCUCUCACAGGGAACCUAGGAAACCACCACCACCCAACCUGCUGCAGUCAGCCUGGAGGGUUGCAGCCAUGCAUCUCAAGCAACACCCCAAACUGCAGAAGAAAGAGAUCUACCUGGAGUCCAAUCAAGACAGCCAGAGAGGCCUUCAUGUGAGCCAGCACGGGGUCCUGUCACAGAGGACAGUGUGGGGGGUCCGCCCAGCAGUGGCCCUGAUUGGUCCGAUAAGCAACGGGCUAGGCCAGGGUACGGCCUGCUACCCCCUCAGUGUCAUAUCCACCAACACCCUGCAGUGCUGCAAUAAUGACAACAGUGGCUCCAACCACCUCAACAACAGUAAUAAUAACCACGUUGACAGUGGACUGCAGACCUCGAGGCUGAGUGAGUCAGAGGGGGAUUUAUUCUGCAGUAGUGCCACCUGGGCCCAGACUAAAGCCUCCAAGACCACCUCCUGCAAAACCCCCCCCUCCCUGCUACUCUCCACCUGCACCACCUCUUCUACAGGCUCUGAGAACCAGGAGGCCUCCUUAGUCUCUUAUGAAGGGGAGGACAGAGAGGGACCGCUGGAAAUCUGGGCUGUCAUCAAGCCUGGCAACACCAAGGAGAAGAUCGCCAUCUUCGCCUCGCCCCAGUGCCGUGGAAGCCUGGUGAACUGUGGUGAUGGAGAGGCCGUUGAGGACUUGGUGAGCAGCAGCCAGGUGAGAACCGUGUCUGUGAAGAUGAAGAGCUGCUGGGAGGACGAGGGUGGCUCUGUGGCCAAGCGCAGGAGGAGGUCAGGGUCUCAGGGGCACCACCAGGAGCGAGAUGGACAGUCAUCCGGAGCCCUGGAGACACUGAGCCCCACUGAGAACAGCCCUGUAGAGGUGACCCUCUGCCUCAGAGAGAGCCCCAGAGUGCCUGAGUGUGGGGAGGUGGUUGUACGGGUGGAUGGGGAGCAGGUGUGUAGGGUAGAGGGUGAGGAGGUGAGUGAGACUGGGACUGACAAGGCUCUCUCUGUGGUGGAGUUGGUGGCCUUCUUGGAGCAAAGAGCCAGCGACAAGCAGGUGGACUCUAAGCCUGUGUCUCUGCGGAGCUCCACAAGCAUUACCUUAACCAGGGGGCUGUCACUGACCCUGGAGUCUAAGCAGCCCAGACACCCAGACCAGAACCCCCAGGGGACCGAUGAGGCAGAAUGUGUAAAGGUGUCAGACAUGGUGGCCAAGCUGGAGUCAGAGUGCCUGAAGCACCAGAGUGUUAGAAGGGAAGGGUCCGGAUCUGGGGGAGAGCUCUCACGCAACAGUCUCACUCGUAACAACCUCUCACGCAACAACAGCCUGCGGAGGAGGGUGGGCCGGGUGCUGCUGGCAGGAGCAGAUGCCUUCUCCAUCUCAGCCCAGCCACCACCACCUCAGUCUCCCACUGGGCCCCAUGCACUAGAGGAGACGACCAGGGUUCCGCACCGCCACAUUAGUCCAUCUGCUGGCUAUCCCUCUGCUGGCUAUCCCUCUGCUGGCUAUCCCUCUGCUGGCUAUCACUCUGCUGGCUAUCACUCUGCUGGCUAUCACUCUGCUGGCUAUCCCUCUGCAAACACCAGCCACACGGACACACUAGCUCCCAGCAGCUGCCGUGAAGCUGCCCAGUUGGCUUCUAGCACCUCUGACUCAGCCUCUCCGUCUCGCAGCAUAGACUCUGGGUGUGGCGCCUCUGUCGUCAGAGAGCCAGAGGAGAGCUGUGAGGCCCAGGGCCUGGGGCAGCAGAAGAAGAACAGGGCUGUAGAGUCUGGGCAGAACCUGCACUUCCAGCUCCUGUCAGAGCAGGCCAGGUCCAGCAGUACAGAGAGCAGAAGUAAACUACAGUGUGAGGAGCCCCUCCCAGGCAUGCUGUUCUUCUCACACACUCUGCCCUCACAGGUGGUACUUGAACACACACUCCCACACACAGUCAAUACUCCCACCCACACACACACCCCCCAGGAAAUGGAAUCCAGCCCUAAACCCACCAGAGACUCAGCAGAACCCUCCAAGAUUCAGCCCUGUGACCCUUCUAUCACUUCUCUACUCCCUGAACUCAUAUCACACAGUGAGAACUUGUUCAAAGAGGAGGACGAGGCGGUGAGUGAGGGAGAGGGGAGUGAUGUUAGCCGGUGUGAGACAGUGCCUUUCCCCCUGCGCCGCAUGGUGUGUCACGAGUUCCUGGAGAUGCGCUUUAAAAUCCAACUACUUCUGGAACCCCAGCAGUACAUGUCCUUCCUGCCUCAUCACAUCAUCAUCAAGAUCUUCUGCCUGCUGCCCACAGAGAGCCUGGCCGCGCUCAAGUGCACCUGCCACUAUUUCAAGUUCAUCAUCGAGAGCUACGGCGUGCGCCCCGCGGACUCCCGCUGGGUGUGCGACCCCCGCUACAAAGACGAUCCCUGCAAGCAGUGUAAAAAGCGGUACGGGCGCGGCGACGUGUCCCUCUGCCGCUGGCACCACAAGCCCUACUGCCAGGCGCUGCCCUACGGCCCCGGGUACUGGAUGUGUUGCCAUGGCUCCCACAAAGACACGCCCGGCUGCAACGUCGGUCUCCAUGACAACCGCUGGGUGCCCGCCUUCCAUAGUAUCAACAUGCCAAUCUAUAAGAAACCCAGGGACGUCUCUGAGGAGUAGUGGUACAGACAAUGGGAGGAGAACUGACUUGACUUCUGUGCUUUAUUUUGUCUGAGGGCUGAUGUCUGUCUCUUGCCAUAUGUGCAUGUGCAUUUAUUUGUGGGGAGUUUGAGGGAAAUCAAGUUGCUGGAUCUCUUCCUUUACCACUUCCCCCUCCUGACCCCUAACCUCUGACCCCUCAGGUCCUCUGAGAUUGUGAGCACUUUAACCGUGGUCAGAAUUCUCAAUCCUCAGUGGAUUCUGUCAGGGUAUUCUAUUUACUUGCUUCAAUGUUUUGGGUUGAAGCAUAAACUCUGGUUCUGAUAAGUGUGUGUUGAAGAGAAGAGCUUUAAUGAGUCUUUGUCUUCAGUGUUGAUGGUUAAUGUGUCCCUCCUUACCAUAGCUCUUUCCUUAUGCAUCAACUGACCGUUACAUUGGAAUGGAUACUUUAGUCAAGGUAAAGCCUAUCUAUGUUAUGCAGUGUAUCCCACCCACAAGUGAUUUACUCAGUGUGUGUUAUGUUGUCUAAGUGAAUACAUACAUGGCUGCAGGUCCUUGGUUUAUGCAAAAUGUGAAUCAACCCUAUUCCAUAUCCCGGUUGCUUCCCAAAUGGCACUUAAUUCCCUAUAAGGCACCCACAGGGCUCUGGUCAAAGGUAGUGCACUAUAUAGGGAAUAGGACGCCAUUUGGGUAACGGAAUCUAUAUCCCCACUAUAUCAGGCUCCGGGUCAGAGGCUUUGUUGCUUUUGGAUCUGAUUGAAACUAGUUUGCUCUGUGUCCGGUUGUGUUUACAUUGUACAUAGUGCUACAGAGUCUUAUAUCAGAAACAGGGAGAAUAAGCGUGACGAGCAGCACGAGUAUCUAUGACUUGACUUGAAUGCAUUUAUUAGCUUCAGUUUGGUAAAAAAGGUAUUUACCCUGUCAUGUGUAUAUUGCUGAAUUAUUAUUAUUGGGUGGGUUUUUUUGCAGUGGGUCCCAGAUGUAUAACCCAGUCUGUAACCCAUAUGCUUAUUACAGCUCGCAGUUUUUUUUCUCUAACAUUUUUUUUAUGUGUGUUGGAAAUGGCACACACUUCCCUAUAUAAUGCACUACUUUUGACUAGGGCCCAUAAGGCUCUGGUCAAAAGUAGUGUGUUAUUAUAUAGGGAAAAAGUGCUAUUUGGGACAAGUUUGUUAUUAAUAUCCCUCUUUUUAUAAUGCUAUAACUUCUUGAAGGGAAACAUGGGAAAUGUCACCUCAGUGUUUCUGUUCUUUACAAUGACUAACUGGACAUGAUCUAAAAGAAAAAGAAUCAGGCUUGAUGACAAAUGGGAAAAAUAAUGGUCUCUAAAAGUAGUUUGCUCCCAGAUAUAUAUAUUUUUUUUACGUUGUUGUAUAUUCCUGCUGUAUUCUCUGUAAAUGCAUUUUACUUCCAAUAAAGCGCAUUAAUUCGGAGGUUUUAACUGUCA